GCUUCAGCAGAGACAACUCGGGACACCCCUAAUUCCACAACCACUACAACACAUGCCAGUGCCAGUGCCAGUGCCGGCCCCAAUACCAAUACCAGCACCAGCGCCCGUGGAAGUACAACUGCCAGCAGCCGUGGCAGAACAAGAACCACCAAAAUCCUCCUGCUGCUGCUCAAGUAAAAAGAAGACCACAAUAACCACCUCUUCGCUCCCUCCCGCCGCUUCCGAAAUCAAACCAGAACCCGCACCCCUCCCUCCUCCCCCCGCACCAGUCCCGAAAUCCUGUCCAGCGACGAGUAUAAGGACAAUCUGUGUCCCAGACGCAGACGGCUGCCCCUGCGGCUCAAAUACAACGAACCUCCUAAUCUCACUACGGAGAAUCAUCCGUAACGCAGCGGACGAAGAGGCAAAAGCCGCUACCCCCGAAUCGCCCGAAAUCCAAUCCUCCUCCAAAAACGAGGGUGGCGCGAACUCAUUAAGCAUCGCCCUCUCCAUCGCCCAAUCUGCAACAACCCAAUGCUCCUGCUCCGCAAACUGCACAAAUUGCGCCUCAGACCCCUCCCUCCCCCUAACCUCCGCCACAGUCCUCGGCCUCGCACUCCAAGUGUACCUCCAAGCUAUCCGAGUCCUCCAAUCUCAGAGUCAAAAAUCCGUCGAAGGGCUGGAGGUCAUGGUGGGUGGCUUUCGUGUGGGUCCGAGGAAUGCGAGGAGGGUUGCGUUGUAUGCGACGGGGUUGGAGUUGAGGGGGUUGAGGGGUGCGAUGGAUGAGGUUAUUCGGCGGGGGGACGGGAAUGGGAACGGAGAUGAAGAGGAGGGGGAGGGAGAAGGAGAAGGGGAAGGGCAGGGGGUUGUGGGGAUUAUGGUGGGGAAGAUGAGGAGGCAGUUGGGGAGGGCGAUCGAGACUGUUGAUAGGAUGUUGAGGGAGGCGGAGGAGGAGGGUGCGUGAUGGCUGUAUCGGCAUGGGAUGGGAUGGGCAUUUUUGGGGGAAUGGAAACUUGCUCAGCGGGUCUGAGCCGAUUUUUGAAUAGCAACAAGCUCCACUCUAUAUCGAUAUCAUUAGUUGCCAGGUAUUGGUCAAUGUUGCGUCUGAGAUACGAAAUGAAACUUAUAUGAUAAUCCCGCUUUGGUCGUGA